AGAAAAAGAGGGAAUGGCUGAUAAAUAAACAACAAAAUGUACAUGGAUGAUGGUUACGCUAUUACUUGUUUGUUAUAUACAAUGUUGUCUCUCUUUCCUCUCUCCCUUUCUCUCUUUCUCGUUCUCCUCUCUCUCUUUCUCAUCUCCCUCUCCCUCUGCGUUAUCCCCUGUCUCCCCUCCGCACCACCAAAACCCCUUUGAAGGAAAUAUGCAGGAGGAGGAAAUGGCCCACAACUGAAGCUAUGAAAAUUCCAGGAAAAGGUUUUUGGGAGUGCAGGAAAAGGGAGAACUACCUUGGAGUUUCCUUGUGCUGGCUCUCAUUUCACUGUGGUCCUUUUUUGCUGGAGAAGAAGACACUGUCUUUGUGCACUCUUUUUGUCUUUGGUCUUCUACACAGCCCAUUUUGGACAUUUCCCCAGUGUGCCAGAAGACCCAACGGAUGCUCUUUCCCUUUGAAUGCUCUCCAAGGUGGAAAGUUGAGGCCAAAGUCCAGCAGUAUUCUCUGUUCAGCCUCUCUUCUGCGGAAGCCAUCCCUAAUUUGCCUUUUAGGGAGCAUGAAUGGAGCAGAGCUGUGUCACAAAUGGCAACCUUUUAUGAUAAAUUAGGUAACCAUAGUGAUACACUCACAGCUCAGGGGUUUGAAAUGUGCCUCAUUCAGCUCUGCCUUACCUCAUCUCGCUUUAAAAAGAAAAACUACAUAUUUAUGCUGUUAAUGGUUGCCAGGGUGACUCGGGUGGUCUAGUCCCUACAGACUGUAGAGGAAAAGAGGAGGGAUGUAGUGAGUGUGUCAGAGUGUUGGUGUGUGUGUGUGUGUGUGUGUGUGUGUGUGUGUGCGUGUGCAGGAGCAUGUCCGUUUUUUUUGCAUUGUAUGUGUUGUCGGCUGCUCUGCUUGAAGGGCUUUAAGGGAAAUGUCAUGCUAUUACUGUCAGUGCCUUCCCAGCCUUGCUGCCAGAUGUCAGUGGAGCCCAUGCUGAGUGGUGGUGAGAGCGGCUAACAGCAACACGUACAUCCAUGGCUCUGACUGCUGCUCUGAGGAAAACACAUGCCCUGGAGUUGCCUGGCCAGCCAGCGAGAGGCUUCUGUGGCUGAAUAACAACCAUGGCUGCCUGCGUGUUUUGAUUAAGAGAGUGCGCUCGGGUGGGGUGUGUGUGUGUGGGGGGGGGGCGUAUGUUCAGUGAGAGACAGAGUCGCUCCUGCAUCGGCAUAAUUCACUACGGAGAGGCCAGCCCUUAGUCCGUCCUGAGGGGGCUUCUUCCUCAACUGCUUUAUUGGAUUGUUUCCCACUGUGGAUCAGACAAGGGUUCUGUGGGGAGCUGGAGAACACUGCCUCUAGCCAUGGGAUGUGUGUUCCCUCUGCCCAAAGAAAGACAGGAAGCAGCAGCCAGAGUCACCCCACAGCGAGAAACCAGCUUCAUUGAGAAAAUGAAGAAAACGAACAGGAACAUGGUGGUGUUCUAUGGCUCCCAGACGGGCACAGCUGAGGAGUUCUGUGGCCGAUUGGCCAAAGACGCCCAGCGCUACGGAAUGAGCGGCAUGUCAGCUGACCUUGAAGAAAAUGACAUGUCAGAGCUGCCUCGUCUUGUGGAGAUCGACAACUCCCUGGCUGUGUUCUGCAUGGCCACCUAUGGGGAGGGGGACCCCACAGACAACGCUCAGGACUUCUACGACUGGAUGCAGGAGACCGAUGAGGAACUGAACGGAGUCAAGUUUGCGGUGUUUGGCUUGGGGAAUAAAACAUAUGAGCACUUCAAUGCAAUGGGAAAGUAUACAGACAAGAGACUGGAAGAGCUGGGUGGCAGGAGGAUCUAUGACCUGGGAAUGGGAGACGAUGAUGGCAACCUUGAGGAAGACUUUGUAUCAUGGAAGGAGCAGUUCUGGCCUGCUGUGUGUGAACACUUUGGGGUGGAGGCCACAGGAGAUGACACCAGCAUCCGGCAGUACGAGUUGGUGUUUCCAACUGACAUCAACAUGAAUAAGGUUUAUACUGGGGAGAUGGGUCGCCUCAAGAGCUUUGAGACCCAGAAACCGCCUUUUGAUGCUAAGAACCCCUACUUGGCCACGGUAGCGGUGAACCGCCAGCUGAACCAAGCCGGCGACCGACAUCUGAUGCAUCUAGAGCUGGACAUCUCAGGCUCCCAAAUCAGAUAUGACUCUGGAGACCACGUUGCUGUUUACCCCAUGAAUGACGUGUCAAUAGUGAACAGAAUAGGCCAGAUCCUGGACGCCGACCUGGACACUGUUAUCUCUCUCAACAACCUCGACGGGGAGUCCAAUAAGAAGCACCCAUUCCCGUGUCCGACAACGUACCGCACAGCUCUGACCCACUACUUGGACAUCACCAACCCCCCUCGCACCAACGUCCUGUUUGAGCUGGCCCAGUACGCCACCGACCCCAAGGACCAGGACAUCCUGCGCAAGAUGGCCUCCGCCUCCCCCGAGGGCAAGGGUCUGUACCAGAGCUGGGUGCUGGAUGCUCAGAGGAACAUCCUGGCUGUGUUGGAGGACAUGCCGUCCCUCCACCCUGCCAUAGACCACCUGUGUGAGCUGCUGCCCCGCCUACAGGCUCGCUACUACUCCAUCGCCUCCUCUGGCAAGGUGUACUCCAACAUGGUGAGCAUCUGUGCGGUAGUGGUGGAGUUCCAGACCAGCACAGGGCGGAGCUUCAAGGGAGUGGCCACCAACUGGCUGAAGAACAAGGUGGUGGUGACGGACAACGGCCACAAAGCCACCGUGCCCAUGUACGUCCGCAAGUCCCAGUUCCGGCUGCCCUUCAAGGCCAGCAAUCCGGUGGUGAUGAUUGGGCUCGGCACAGGCAUCGCCCCCUUCAUGGGUUUCCUCCAGGAGAGAGGCUGGAUGAAGGAGCAAGGGAAGGAUGUCGGCGAGACGAUACUGUACUUCGGCUGUCGCCACAGAAAUCAGGACUUCAUGUACCAGCAGGAACUGGAAGAGUUUGAGAAGGUGGGCGUGCUGACUCAGCUCAACGUGGCCUUCUCCAGAGACCAAGAGGAGAAGGUGUACGUGCAGCAUCUCCUGAAAAAGAACAAUGAACACCUGUGGAAGCUGAUCCAUACGGACAAUGCUCACAUCUACAUUUGUGGGGAUGCUCGGAACAUGGCGCGGGACGUGCAGAAUGCCUUCUAUGACAUUGCUGAGGAGGUGGGAGGCCUCACACACACACAGGCUGUGGCUUACAUCAAGAAGCUGAUGACAAAGGGCCGCUAUGCUCAGGACGUGUGGAGCUAAAGAAGAUGAAGCUAACGUUACAGCACACACUCACAAACCCCUGUUAACUAUUUCAUUCUGGUGGAGGGUGAGUGGUAACGGUAAACUAUUUUAAAUAGUUUUUGGAGGUCAGCACAUAAUCACUAAAUGGAAAGACGUAUGGAUGAAUGUUGUACUUAUUGUUUUGGUGUGUAAUCUUACUGACAGCAUUUUGUGGAGACUCGUGCUGAGAGGUAGUGCAAUUCAUUCAAGAUUCGUUGGGAAUGGUCUCAUACUCCAAAUUGACCCCUAACCCCCAGGCCUUUCAUGUACACUGAACAAAAAUAUAAACGCAACAUGUAAGUUUUGGUCCCAUGUUUCAUGAGCUGAAAUAAAAGAUCACAGAAAUGUUCCAUACACACAAAAAGCUUAUUUCUCUCAAAUUGUGUGCACAAAUUUGUUUACAUCACUGUUAGUGAGCAUUUCUCGUUUGCCAAGAUAAUCAAAAAGCUUAUUAAAAAGCAUGAUCAUUACACAGGUGCACCUUGUGCUGGGGUCAAUAAAAGGCCACUCUAAAAUGUGCAGUUUUGUAACACAACGCCACCACAGAUGUCUAAUCUUUUGAGGGAGCGUGCAAUUGGCAUGCUGACUGCAGGAAUGUCCACCAGAACUGUUGCCAGAGAAUUGAAUGUUAAUGUCUCUACCAUAAGUCACCUCCAACGUUGUUUUAGAGAAUUCCAACCGGCCUCAUAACCGCAGACCAUGUGUAACCACGCCAGCCCAGGACCUCCACAUCCGGCUCCUCCACCUGCAGGAUCGUUUGAGACCAACCACCCGGACAGCUGAUGAAACUGUGGGUUUGUACAACCAAAGAAUUUCUGCACAAACUGCCAGAAACCAUCUCAGGGAAGCUCAUCUGCAUGCUCGUC